UAUAUAAAUACCACCAAACCUGUUUCUUACUUCUUAGAACAGAAACAGAACAAAACAAUAAAAUUAAAUUUAAAAAAAAAAUAGAAAAAAAUGCAGAGAGAAGAAGAGAGUGUGAUGGAGUCGUUGGUGUGUCCAAGCUUCAGCGCCUAUUCCUCCAACACGCUCGACGACAUCGCGGAUCAGGUAACUCGAAACGACGACGUGCGUUUCGAAGAAAACGACACCGACUUCGAGUUCGUCGCGUUUCGCGAGGUUGCCGACGGAGUUUUCGUCGACGACAACGCGACUCCGGCGUUCCCGAUCUUCGACCGCGACCUCGCCACUGCCACGGCGGAGGACGGAGGAGAAGUAAAACGGCGAGUUUCCGGCGAGGAGGACGACGUGGUGGCGAUUCAGAUCACGCUCGGGAAGCUGCUGAUGGACGAUUCUUCGCCGUCGUGCUCGUCGUCAGAGGUGGAGGACGAGCUGGAGAAUGUUCCGCCAGGGACGUACUGCGUGUGGACGCCGAGGAAGGCGCCGCCGGCGCCUGCGUCUCCGUGCCGGAAGAGCAAAUCGACGGGAUCGUCGUUGUCGAAGCGGUGGAAGCUUCUGGAUUUGCUGCGGCGAAGCAACAGCGAGGGGAAGGAGUCGGUGGUGUUCCUGACGCCGUCGUCAGUGAAUUCGGCGAAGAAGGGAACGAAAUCGGAGACCGGAAAAAAAUCUCUGGCGAGUAGCGGCGGCGGCGAGAAGAGAAUUUCGGCGGUUCCGGCGGUGUCGGCGCACGAAGCGCUUUAUGUUCGGAACAGAGAAAUGAGGAGAGAGGUUAAACGACGGUCAUAUUUGCCGUAUCGACAGGAUUUGGUUGGUUUCUGUGUUAAUCUCAACCCCAUGGGCAAGGCAUUCCCUCUUCACUUUUGACAAAUUUUUUUUUUAAUGAUAAUUCUACGAACAACAAAAUUAUGAGCUCAAAAAACUAGGUUUUGAAUUUUCUUUUUCUUUUACUUUUAUUGCAUAGUGCUUAUUUGGAUAUCCAUUACAAAUGUUGGUGGUAAAAUGAAAUUUAUAAAAACAUUAUCAUUCUUUCUUUUGCGUUCAAUUUGGGGGGUCAUUAGAUUUGGUUUCAAAAUUCUGUGUAUAGUAAGUUGAACUGAAAAUGAAAGAUACUAUGGUGACUAUAUUUGUUAUGAUAGUCUCAUAGGCAAAAGUAACUGAACGAUGUGGAGAUUCAGUUGCAAAGCUAGGAAAACGAUGAAACUGAAGGUUUGUGUUUUUUUUUUUAUUUUGGAGGGUUUGUUUGGUUUACAGUUAACGUGUCACCAUGUAAAUAAUAGUGACAAGUCCUUUUA